UUUAAUUCCAACCGCUGUGGAACAUAUCGAAUAACAUCUAUCUAUAAGCAUAAGAAUCUAAUAAUCUUGAUUCUGUCAUUGGGAUAUAUAUGAAAGAAAAACAGCGGAAUAAGAAUUUCUUGCCCAAUUUGUUUUGGUCAACAAAACUCGGCUAUCUACGCACAUCUUUUUCUCCAAUGACUACAGAAAAGUUGACUAAUUGAUGUCAGGUCGUCUCAAGGAAAGUCUAUCUAUGGUUGCAUUUUCCAAGCCGUGUAAUACCAGUUUUUGCAUUUUCAUAAGCUACAAAGUCUUGGGUUUCUCCCAGUUUCUGACAGACUUCAUCUGUAGUAUUCUCAUAUCAAAGCCAAAUCUCUUGCUUCUGUCGAGUCAACAGACAUAAUCUGUCAGGUUUAGCAGCAAGACUAACUUAAUUCACAGCUUGUGUCUUCAAACAUAUGCAGGGUAGAUUCUCACAUGGCUAACGACGGGCUGGAAGUCGCGAUCGAAUUGGCAAAAGAAGUUUGGAAUUAUUUAGUGGGGAAGCGUAGUUUAUCUAACAAUGUGGAUAGUAACUUCGACAUGAUGAUAGUUGCUGCAGAAAGGCUCCAGGCCAAAAGGGAUGACAAUGAGAGGACCGUCCAGCAAAAUAGAACGAAAACUACUACCUGCUGCUACAACAUGUGGCUUAGCAGCGUUAUGAAGAUUCUUGAAAAAGUUGAAAGCUUACGAGCUGAAUAUAACAGAGAAAGAUCCUCACAUUUGAUCCGCAGAUCGGAUUAUAGUGGCAAGGUCAUGAAUAUAUGCCAGGAAGUUCAGAGACUUGUGGAAGAGGGAGAUUUCCAAGGAGGUUUUUUGGUAGAUAAACCUCCGGCAGCCAUUGUGAAGCUGAAUGCACCAGACAUCAAAGGGUUUCCUACACUUCAGCGGUCAUUAGAAGAAAUACUACAGUUGCUAACGAAUGAUAAAGUAAAGAGGAUCAGCAUUUUUGGCACUGUAGGAGUUGGAAAAUCAACAAUCAUGAAGAACUUGAAUAACCAUGAAGAAGUUGCCAAAAUGUUUGAUGUAGUCAUAUGGGUCAAUGUGUCAAGGGAGAGAAACGAGGAGAAAUUGCAAUUGGACAUUGCACAGCGACUUAAACUGAGUCGGGAAGGUGCUACAUGCGCUGGUGAAGUUGCAAGGAUCAUCUCAGAAGAGCUAAAUGAUAAGAGGUUUUUGCUGCUUCUAGAUGAGGUCUUGGACUCCAUUGAUUUGCAGCAGAUUGGAAUCCCAGAUAAUGGUAAUGGUAGCAAAGUAGUAUUGACUACUGAAUUCCGUCAUGUCUGCUAUAUAAUGACAGAAAGAAUGGUUAAAGUGGAUAGAUUAUCUUCGGCUGAGGCAUGGAGGAUGUUUCAACAGAUAGCAGCUGAGAAAAUUGAUCUUCCUGAUGUUGAACCAAUUGCCAGGAUGGUGACUGAGGAGUGUGAUCGACUCCCGCUUGUGAUCAGAACAGUGGCAAGUUCCUUCAAAUUGAAGGACAGUGAUUCUGAAUGGAGGAAUGGAUUGAGAGAACUUGAAAAAUGGCCUGAAAUUGAGAUCCCAGGCUUAACAAACAUGCAUGCAUUUCUCAAGUUCUGUUAUGAUGAGCUGAAGGAUGAGAAGAAAAAGAAAUGCUUUCUGUAUGGUGCAUUAUAUCCAGCUGAUAGCAAGAUAUAUACAGAUUAUUUAGUAGAGUGUUGGGUGGCUGAAGGACUUCUUGGCAAUAUUGACGACAGGAGGAGGCUUCGAGAUGCACGGGAUGAAGGAUAUGACAUAUUGGGACAUCUAACCAAUGUGUCAUUGCUAGAGAAAGGUGAAAGAAUGGUUUAUGUUCAACUGAACAACAGUGUAAGACAAGUUGCCCUGUACAUUUCCUCACAAGACCCUGAUUGCAAAUUUAUUGCUCAAAAAGGUGAAACUUCACCUUAUACCCAAAGUGUGAAAGAUUGGCAGCAGGCAAAAAGAAUCUCCAUGAUUGAAGGAAAGCUGCAUAACUUGCCAGAAAGUCCAAACUGCAACAAGCUUUUUUCUCUAUUGCUGCAAAGAAACCCUGAUUUGGCCACAAUUCCAUCAUCAUUUUUUAAAAACAUGCAGAAGCUCCUAGUUUUGGACUUGUGCCAAACAGGAAUUGCAUCACUGCCAUCAUCUGUAUCAAAGUUGAUUAGACUUAAGGCACUCUUCUUAAACGAUUGCCCCAACAUAACAAAGUUGCCUCCCCAAGUUGCAGAACUUUGUUUUCUUGAGGUGCUUGACAUUCGAGGCUGCAAGAUAAUAUUCAUACCUCCUCUUAUUGGAAAAUUAGUUCACCUGAGGUGCUUGCGGAUGUCAUACCAUAAAUGCAGCAAUACAGAAGACUGUUGCGAUAUGGAAAUUGAUUACAAGGUGAUUUCAAGACUUCAAAGAUUGGAGGAACUGAUGAUUGAUGUGACCUCCUAUGGCCAUUGGCGCAUCGACGUUGCAAGAGUCAUAAGAGAGGUGGCUUCCUUAGAGAAUUUAACUACUCUCAGAAUAUGCUUUCCACAACCAGAGAUCCUCAGAAUGUUAAUGGAAAACAAGCCAUCAUGGAGGGAUCACAAACAAUUAACUUCAUUUUGGUUUUUUGUUGGCUGUCAAAACAAGAGCAAUCCUCCAAUUCUUGAAUGUUUUGAGUACAAAGUAAAUCGAUAUAUGAGAUACUGCUAUCCUGGCAACAAUGAUUCCACAAUUCGUGAUGUCCUUCCUAAAACUGAUGCAUUGGAAUUGAUUGGCCACAAGAACAUCAAAUGUUUAUCAGACUUCAUGCAUGUUACCAGUUUGAACCAUGUUCGUGGUUGUCUAAUUGAAAGAUGCAAUGAAAUGGAAACUAUUUUAGAUGGAAACAAUGUAGGAGUUAUAGAUAUUCUACCAAUUCUGGAACAGUUACAUUUAAGGAGUUUGCUCUGUCUGAAGAGUGUUUUUGAAGGUCCUAUUGCAGGCAAAAGCUUGUCAAAGCUACAUACUAUUGUAGUGAAGAGUUGCCCAAUGUUGACAAAGAUAUUGUCUAAUGGAGUGAUUCAACAACUCUCAAAACUCAAGAAACUGGCAAUUGAAAGCUGUUCCAAGGUAGAAGAAUUGAUUGAGAACUGUUGGGGCAUUGAACCAUUUUCAUAUGAGCUUCCAAGUCUAGAGAUAUUGGAACUAGUUGACUUGCCGAAAUUAAGAACUAUAUGUGCAGGAGAGCCAUUGGCAUGGCCAUAUUUAAAGGUGCUUAAGAUAUCUGAAUGUCAUGAGUUGAAAUUGUUACCUUUCAACAAAGACAACGCGACUGAGCUAAAGUUAAUCGAGGGAGAACAAAUAUGGUGGGAAGCAUUGCAAUGGCGAAACAGUGAGGUUAGAGACCACCUUCAAUCCUUUUGCAGCCUAAGGUGAAUGCUUCUUUUGGUCAUUCUUGUUUGCACUGCUGUAAUUACAACAGUUAGGAACACCAUAAGAUUUGCACUACUUUGAUUGAAUGGGUGUUAUAGAUUCCUCAUACUAGUUACUUUUUACUAUCGCACAAAGAAAAACUUUGAACAUAUGCCUGAAAUUUGCACUGCUUUAACUCUAGGUCCAAGAAAAAUUUUUACUUGCA